GGCGCCGAUUUUGAUGCUUAGAUUCUUGGUUUUCGUCCUAGCGGUUUCAUGACAGAUAAUUGCAAGCACGUCCUCAAAGUAAAGACAAGUAUCCAACUAGGAAUACUCUAUCCCGAGCGCUGGCAUUGCAACACUUGCCAUACAACCGAGAGUGUUUGGGCCUGUCUGUCAUGUAACAACUUCGCAUGUGGUCGUUAUAUUUCUGAGCAUGCGUUGCAACACUUUCGCCAAACAAAUGUAAGUUUCCCACCUAACUAUUUUAUUGAAGAGUAGCAUCCUCUGUGUAUAGAAGUAAAUGAAAAGUUUGUAUACUGGUAAGUCCUGUUCCUCCUAAGUGUUUGAUUCAAGUUAUAUCUGUGAUGAUUUUGUUCUCAAUGACAAUGCACCCGGUGAUAUUAAACUUCUCCGUAUGGCUUUGGAUGCAGUCACUACUCAAGAUUUCGGAAAGCUUCUCAAACAAAAAAGGGGUAGACGAAUUCUUAGGUUCCGUGGCGAAGACAAUGAAAAGGACAAUUUACGUCUGUUGAAGGCAGAUGAUAUACAAACUGCGGUUGUCCGAAACAGAAUUUCAUGUCUUUCUUGGGCAUUACAUCUAUGGUGGUCAAGAUAUUCUGAGUCGAGGCUUAGCGCAGUUAACUCCAAGAAAACGACGAAAAGCAGAAAUACACCACUGAAACUAACCCCUGCAUUUACUGGUUUACGCAAUUUGGGGAACACCUGUUACAUGAAUUCAAUAUUACAAAUCUUGCGUCACACUGCUCCCUUCGCUAAUUAUGUCAUGAACCACACGUUGAGUGAAAUUAAUUCUCAUACGAGGAAGCGUCGCAGCCACCUUGGUGACUUGUCGAUUGAAGACCCUGUGUGUCCUGCCAAGCGACCAGCAAUGGUAUCACUGUUUUCAAAAGGCCAAGUUAUGAUAACUCAGGACUCUGAAAAUCUGUGGAGUUCACUGCCUACCAAAACACCUUCAUAUUCUCCAAAUACAGGAAAUAGUUCUGGUCAUUAUUGUGAGCCAGAUUUAGUUUCUGUAAGAAAAAGCGUCGUUCCCAAGUGCGAGUCUUUUGGUGGUUUAAAUGGUGGCGAGUGUCCAAAGUCUGUAUAUGAUUGUUAUCAGCAGUCACUUUCAUCAACACUUAACCCACCAGUAUCACCAAUACCUUCUCUUUAUGAAGAAAUACAUAAUUUAUUUAAAUUAUUGUGGUCAGGUCAAAGGUCUAUUGUGAGUCCAAGCAACCUCUUGAGUGUUGUUUGGGCUACCCUCCCAACAUUUAAAGGAUAUAAACAACAAGAUGCUCAGGAAUUUUUGAGUUUGUUACUUGAUCGUUUACAAGCAGAACUACAUGGUAUUCCAAUGACUGUCUCUCCCAAUGGUUGUGAUUUUAUCACUCGUGCUUUUCGUGGAUAUUCUGUGAGUCAUAUACAGUGUUCCACUUGCCAUGUAACUGCAUGCACUGAAGAGCCGAUUUAUGAACUUAGUCUUUCACUACCCGCCAAAUGCCAUUCUGAUGAAUAUUGUACAUGUGAUAUAGUAGAUUUGCUUCGUCAAUUUGUAAGCCCUUCUCCAAUCGAUGGAGCCAGUUAUGCAUGUGUUAAAUGCAAUGAGUGUUCAGAAAUAAACAAAGAAGAAACAGGCUUUACGGGACCAGCGCUCAAUCAACGCAGUUAUAAUUCAGAUGAUCAUUUAGGCAAUUUGUCUUAUCCUGUGGAAAAAUUUGUAUCUAUUGCGCUAUCCAGGCUUGCGUCUCCAUCUUGUAGUCCUCAGUUAUCUUACCCUGAUUUCAGUACAUCAUGUGAGUUAACUGAAACCUUUUCACUCUCAGAAAGUCCAUUUUCCGGUGCUUCAAGUGCAACUAGUCUUGAGGAACAUUACACCAAUCCACCAAUUGAAAGAUCAUUUCAGAUUACUCAGCAACCCGUUCAAUCCCCAAUCACCACUUUACCUAAGAAUUCUCCAGUUCUUCCUAAGAAUUCAUUAUUAACUCAUGCAACUCAAACAAUUCGCCUUUCUAAACUCCCGCGAGUUUUGCGGUUACAUAUUAAACGCUUCCGUUGGGUUGGUAGACAAAGAGAAAAACUGUCAUGUCAUGUAUCAUUUCCUCUUAUCUUGAAUAUGAGUGAAUUCAUGUUGAAUGACAUAGACAGAGCAGAAUGUCAUCAGCCUCAUUUACAUCGAACAAAUUCCGAUCUUAUCGAUGAACCUAAAGCCCCUAUCGAUAAUUUACACUGUCAUCAGUCAUCUAUAUUUAAUUUGCCAAAGGAGUUCGAGAAAAGUUCACUUGAAUAUCUGUAUCAUUUGACCGGUGUUGUUGUGCAUCAUGGGCGAGGAUUUCAAUCUGGUCAUUAUACUGCUUAUUGCUUAAAUGAUAAUCCAGAGUGUUGGUUGCAUUGCAAUGAUGCUAAUGUAUCGUUAUGCGAUUUCUCAGAAGUAGCAUCAGCUCAGGCUUAUCUCCUAUUUUAUUCAGAACUUUUGCCACGAACACCUUUUCCAAACUGGUAUAAAGAUUCUGUUACUACUGCUGUUAAUUCCUACAACACUACUACAUCUUGUUCUGUCACAGAAACUGAUUCAUUAAAAAAUCAAUCUGACAAUAUAUCAUGUUCUAGCAAUCAUGAAAGUAUAUGUAAAAAUUUUCAAGACAAAUCUGUAUUACAUGAAAAAGAAUCAAAAAUGUAUUCAACCAGAAGUUGACAUUUAUUAAUAAUUAUAAACAAUUUUUAUUUUUUAUUUUUCAAUGCAUUUAUGUGUUUAAUGUGUAUUUGUAUUUUGUUGUAAAACUUGUAAUGAUUUUCUCGUUAGUCAUUUGUUUCUGGACCGAUUGGC